UUUCUCUCUCUCUCUUUCUCUUUUUUAAAUAACCUUCCAAGGACAAAAAAUACAUGUGAUUUUUUCCCCCCUCUUCUCUCAAGACACAUUUGGAUACCUUGGGAUUCUUUUCAAAGCCGUUGGGAGAAACUAUAACGGAAACGAGGAGAAGUUGUCCGAAGGAAAAAAACGGAUUAAAGUUCGCUCAAGUCACGAGAAACUUAGCUAGGUUAGCUUGUUAGCUGAGCGAGCAUGCUAACGCUAAUGACGCCCUGACAUGUCACGUUAUAGUUUUUAAAACAGUACAAGUUAUGGUCAUGGGCUUGGUAAUUUUUCAGAAUUAAAACGAGUAAGCUUUAUUUAGUUUCGUUAUUAUUUGGUUUGGUAAUAAACACCUACCGGCUGUGUACAGAACUUCUAAAUGUUUGUUAAACAGGAAGUGAGGUAGGUUCAAUAAAUACAUAGUUUUUUAUAUAGAUAGACAGUUAAAUUCAGCCUUUAUUCGUCUGUCACACGUGUCCAUGACUAGAUAUAACAGUAGGAAGCUUAAUUAUCCACUUUAAUGUCAUGGUGAGACCUGUGUCAAAAGCAUUUCUUUUUCGACUGCAAAAAUAAGUUGCGUCCUCACUGAAUGUAAUAAUAUCUCAACAGCAGGAUAUAUUUUCCCCUGCAAGCACUGGAUCUUCAUUUUUUACUAUUCUAUACCAUGCUAAAUCAAACGAGGUUUUUGUAAAUUAAAUGCAGUUGGUUUUUGUAUGCGAGUAAUUUUUUUUAUUACUAUUUGCUCUAUGUAAUUAGAGAAUACGCUGUAGUUUACAUUAUCAUCAGCACAUUGCUGUCUAGAGUCAGUGUAAAUUGGUCUUCCUUAUUUUUGUUUUUAUAAUUUUUUUUCUUUAAAAUGCGUGAUCCAAAUGUGAACUUUCAUUUCCUCCACAAAACCUGCACUCUUGUGGUGCUCCUUUGCUGCUUGCACAUCUUUGUCACUGUAGUUUAUUACGUCAGAUCGCAGCAGCAAAACCAUCAAAACCCCAAAAAGCUGGAAGGCCAUGCAGGAACCUCAGAAGCAAAUACCGAAGUACCAAAGUCAAGCAGCACUUUAUUAACCUCCAACAUCACUGUUACUGAGAAAGCUGUUCAUUUGGAAAAAUGCCCCGAUCCGUCUCCCUUGCUCGUGGGUCCACUCCGGAUAGAGUUUUCCAAUCCAGUGAGCCUCGAGCAGACGAGAAAUGAGAACCCGGCACUGCAGAUGGGAGGACGCUUCAAACCCAAAGACUGCAUAGCUCUGCAGAAAGUGGCCAUCAUCAUCCCCUUUCGGAAACGAGAUGAGCACCUCAAGUUCUGGCUUUAUUACCUGCACCCGAUCCUGCAGCGGCAACAGCUCGACUAUGGCGUUUAUAUCAUCAACCAAGAUGGAGACGAGACGUUUAACAGGGCCAAACUGCUCAACGUGGGCUACGCCGAGGCCCUGAAGGAGUAUGACUACGAAUGCUUUGUAUUUAGCGACGUCGACCUCAUCCCCAUGGACGACCGAAACACAUACAAAUGUUUCAGCCAGCCGAGACACCUGUCCGUCUCCAUGGACAAAUUCGGCUUCAGGCUUCCAUAUAACCAGUACUUUGGCGGUGUGUCAUCCAUGAGCAAGGAACAAUACCUGAAGAUUAACGGCUUUCCAAAUAACUACUGGGGCUGGGGAGGCGAGGAUGAUGACAUCUUCAACAGGCUCAGCUCCAAAGGGAUGGUCAUAUCAAGACCCAGCGGCAUAAUUGGAAAAUGCAGGAUGAUCCGUCACGAACGGGACAAACAGAACGACCCGAAUCCCCAGAGAUUUGACCGAAUCGCACACACCAGAGAGACCAUGCACACGGACGGCAUUAACUCGUUGUCUUAUAAAGUGGUGAAAGUCGAGAAGGACAAGCUGUUUACCAAAAUCACAGUGGACGUCGGCAAGCCGUAAAAACUCGAUGCCUUCUAUCAGAACGAACUUCUAAAAGAAAAUGAAGACUAUUUAAGUCCAUCAGGAAGACUGGAUGCAGUUACCAAAUGUGCCUUGACAAUUAAGUCAAAUAUACUUAGAUUUUUUUUUAAUAAUCUUUAUCUUUCAAAGUGAAUUCUAUAUUUUUAAAAGACACUAGUACUUGGAAAAUUAUUUGCCAUCUUUGCACAAGCGAUGGUGAACCGAAAGAAGGGGGACUUGUGAAUCGUGGUCAUCGUGGUGUGUAGGUGUGUAUUUUCUUUGUUUUUUAUCUAAAGCUCUCUCGCUGAGCUACACGAGCAUCUCUUGAGCCACAGUUGAUGCAACUCGCCAACGAGGCAUUGUGUAAGGAAUGUAAGCCGCAGUCUGCGUGUCUGUCUGUCUAUCUAUCUGUCUGUCUGUGUGCUCUUUUCCCAGCAUUGUCUUAAGAUCACUUCUUUAGAUGCUGAAGAUUUAUCAUGGAGUUAGUGUGCCUUGCAAUCAUUCCAGGUCACGCAAAGAAAUCCUCAUUGAUCCUCACUCCACUUUGGUGGCCAGAAACCAAAAAGACAACUUUGUGUUUUGUUUUGUUUUGUUUUUUUCUGAAUGUAUCCUUGGUGCUGUACCCUAAGCAGUAGAGGUGGAUAAUGUGGGCAAAGGAAGCAAUGGGCUAUUCUCAUUCUUUUAAUCAUGUAUAUGGAAAUACAAAAGGCUAUGAACUGUUUAAAAGACAUUUUGUCGGUGGUGUUGUUGUUUUUUUUGUUGUUGUUUUUUUAAAGCCAUUUAACAUGUAACAGAAGAAAUAUCAUACAACACGUAAUAGACUUAAGACCCACAAUACAACAGUACUAGCACUAUCAAAGGUGCCAAGGUGUAUGGUUUAUCAUGAUCUUGGUGUAUAAAGCUUUCAUGUUCAAAACUGUUUUAUUAUGGUGUUAUGGGAGAAACCUUAAAAUUUACUGAAGGGGGAAAAAAGAUUGGACACGUUGUGCACUUGUUUUUUUUUUUUCGUGGUAACUUCACUGAGUUUGAGCUGUGAAAUUAUCAUCCUUGGUUUUGUUAUUAUUAAGUAUCCUUGAUACCAUGUUUGGAGUUUUUAAUCUAUCGGUUCCAGUAAUAAUAAUAAUUCCAUAAAAAACAUUUAACUCAGUUUUAAUAUAAUGCUAGGAAGAAUCACAGACCCAUGCAUUCACCAUAUAAAGUAAAAAUAGGGUUAUUGUUUUUUUGGAUUAGUGACACUCGCACCUCAUCAAUACCUGUAAUUUACUUUAGAUGAAC